AUGGCACCCAUAUCCCUUUCAUUCACAGCCAACGAUGCACCUUGCCCGAAUUUCUUCGGGUCCCAAGAGCAUCGCGCCCAAGUCAGUAGAGCCAUCACACAGAGUCUCUUUGGGACCACCGCAACAUACGAAAGCUUGACUCCCAAAGAAACGAUACGGCACCAGACACCACCGGAUAGCUGGGAAAAUCCAGCACGCGAUAUCCUAUCCGAAGCCUCAGCCGCCGGGACAAUCGAAACCAACAAUCCUUUUCUCCAAACAAGUAGCUGUACUCUACUACCACCAGCUCAACUCCAACUCACCCGAACCCCACAACCGCAAUCCCACACACCCCGGGAUAACAUUAACAUGCCACAGCCCUUGCUCCCGCCACUCUCACCGCCACCCUCGCACACCCAAGCACCACGCCCUCCGCCCUCCUCACAAUUCGAAUGCGGCCAACGCACCACCUGGACCCCUCCACCUCCCACCCCACACCUCUCCUCACCCACACUCCCCCGCUGCUCUCUAUCCCCUAAGCAAGCAUUGCGCCAGGAAUAUCGCUUUGACGACCCCGUCACACCAGACAUGCAUCGACUACGCGAGCCUCUUCACAUACUAGACGCUGAACGCAACCCUGCGGUUGAGAAUCUGCAAGGAGGAGGGGAGAUGGAGGAGACGGUUUCGGCUAUAGAUAAGGAGAUAGUGUUGUGUGAGGUUAGGGAGAAGUAUGAGGAGGCGGUGGGGAGGGCGUUGCUGGCGCGGUAUAAUGGGUUGGUGUGGAGGUGGCGGAGGGAGAGGGUGGUGCGUGGGGGGAAAAGUGGAAAGGGAAUAGUGAAUAAGAGAUAG